AUGGCUAAGAAAGGAGUUCACGGUUCCAGCUUGUGGAAUUUUGCAGAGGAGCACCUGACGUGUUCAAUAUGCUAUGAACUCUUCGACACUCCAAAGACUCUCGCUUGUUUACAUAGCUUCUGCGAGAAUUGCCUUCUGCAGUAUCAUGACGGCUAUUCAGGAGAACUCCUGUGUCCAGUAUGUCGACAGGCGGAUUCAACUCCGCUGGGAGGGGUGGAAAGCCUAACUACCGAUUUCAAGCUCGUGAACAUGGUGGAAGCGGUGCGGCAAGAGGAUAAGCAAACGGCCCCAUUUUGUUCCGAACACGCUGGAAAACCCUGUAGAGCUUACUGUCAGACUUGCGAAGAGUUGUUGUGUCUGAACUGCCUGGCAGAGAGCGACGACCACAGCCAGCAUGUCUUAGAAGAAGUCAGAGAGGUGGUGGAUGGAAAAAGACAGGCUGUCAAAGAACACGUGCCAAAAUAUCAAGCUUUCAUAGGCGAGAUCGUGGCGGCUAUGGAUACCACUCAAAAACUGGAACAGGACUUUAAUUCGGCACUGGACAUAACAAGAAAGGCGGUUCAGGAGCAAGCUGCGAAGAAGAUCGCGAAAGUGAAUAAGGCCAAGAAUAAACUCCUGGACAAAAUCCAACAAAUCCAGUCAAAGAGAAAGGAGCGGUUCGCUGAGAACGAACUACAACUCAUGGUUAUGAGAAACACUUUCCAGGAGAUUAUCGAUCACGCGGUGGAUGCCAUGCAAGAAAGCAAUGACUAUGACUUCCUAAAAAUGUAUCCCAGGCUCAACAAUGACUUCAAGUACCUUACUAACACUAGCCUUCCAAGUAUCGAUACCAAUGCGUCGUUCUUGAAGUUUAAUCCUCGCACUUUUGGCACAAUGUUGGGAAAGUUGUCUACAGAGCGUACAAAAACGGAUUCAGUCUUUUCAGUCUGCAGUAUCCGCCCAUGAUACGUGAUGUGUAGAGUCGCAAUGUUUCACAUGAUUAUGUGGAAUGGCCGUGCGCUGAUAUAAAGUAACAAGAAAAGUACACAUGCAUGCGUGUAAACCAGUGUAUAUGUUACAUUCCCAAUGCACUUGAUAUCACAUGUAAAAAAAAAAUCUCUUUCAAUCUCAAACACUUUUAAAAC